AUGAACGCACUCCGCACGCUGUUUGCCACGGCUGGUGGAGUUGGUAGUGGUUCCGCCAUGAAAAUGGUGCUGGUAGUACGGUCGGAUUUGGGUUUAAAGAAGGGUAAAAUUGCGUCCCAGUGUGCCCAUGCGGCCGUGCUUUGCUGCAUGCGGGCACUGGCCGUAGAAGGCUCCAGUAGGAAAAAGCUGGACGCGUGGUUAAUGCAGGGCCAGCCGAAAAUCGUGCUUAGGGUGGAUAGUUUGCAGGAGAUGACGUCGCUGGCGGGCCGUGCCGAAACAAUCGGGAUUAUUGCCGAGAUUGUUCGGGAUGCCGGUCGGACACAGGUGGCUAGCGGAACGGAAACUGUACUGGGGCUGGGACCGGACAGUAGUGAAGCGAUAGAUUCAUUAGUAAGAAAUUUGAAAUUGUUGUAGAUAUGUGUUUGCGAGUGUGUGAGAGAAUGAUGUGUUCAAUAAUGUAGAUUAACCGUUACAAAAUGUUA